AUGGGGCCAGGGCGAAGGGGCUCAAUGGGGCUACAAGGAAGCGCUCUGUGGCCUCGGCAAGGGCUCUGUGCGGGCAGGGAGUUGGCGCUGUGUGGCCAGGGGAGGAGCUCUAUGUGGCCAGGGGGAGGAGCUCUAUGUGGCCAGGGGGAGGAGCUCUAUGUGGCCAGGGGGAGGAGCUCUAUGUGGCCAGGGGAGGAGCUCUAUGUGGCCAGGGGGAGGAGCUCUAUGUGGCCAGGGGGAGGAGCUCUAUGUGGCCAGGGGGAGGAGCUCUAUGUGGCCAGGGGGAGGAGCUCUAUGUGGCCAGGGGGAGGAGCUCUAUGUGGCCAGGGGGAGGAGCUCUAUGUGGCCAGGGAGAGGAGCUCUAUGUGGCCAGGGGGAGGAGCUCUAUGUGGCCAGGGGGAGGAGCUCUAUGUGGCCAGGGGGAGGAGCUCUAUGUGGCCAGGGGGAGGAGCUCUAUGUGGCCAGGGGGAGGAGCUCUAUGUGGCCAGGGGGAGGAGCUCUAUGUGGCCAGGGGGAGGAGCUCUAUGUGGCCAGGGGGAGGAGCUCUAUGUGGCCAGGGGGAGGAGCUCUAUGUGGCCAGGGGGAGGAGCUCUAUGUGGCCAGGGGGAGGAGCUCUAUGUGGCCAGGGGGAGGAGCUCUAUGUGGCCAGGGGGAGGAGCUCUAUGUGGCCAGGGGGAGGAGCUCUAUGUGGCCAGGGGAGGAGCUCUAUGUGGCCAGGGGGAGGAGCUCUAUGUGGCCAGGGGGAGGAGCUCUAUGUGGCCAGGGGGAGGAGCUCUAUGUGGCCAGGGGGAGGAGCUCUAUGUGGCCAGGGGGAGGAGCUCUAUGUGGCCAGGGGGAGGAGCUCUAUGUGGCCAGGGAGAGGAGCUCUAUGUGGCCAGGGGGAGGAGCUCUAUGUGGCCAGGGGGAGGAGCUCUAUGUGGCCAGGGAGAGGAGCUCUAUGUGGCCAGGGGGAGGAGCUCUAUGUGGCCAGGGGGAGGAGCUCUAUGUGGCCAGGGGAGGAGCUCUAUGUGGCCAGGGGAGGAGCUCUAUGUGGCCAGGGGGAGGAGCUCUAUGUGGCCAGGGGGAGGAGCUCUAUGUGGCCAGGGGGAGGAGCUCUAUGUGGCCAGGGGGAGGAGCUCUAUGUGGCCAGGGGGAGGAGCUCUAUGUGGCCAGGGGGAGGAGCUCUAUGUGGCCAGGGGGAGGAGCUCUAUGUGGCCAGGGGAGGAGCUCUAUGUGGCCAGGGGGAGGAGCUCUAUGUGA